UUAUCGAUUUAGUAAAUGCAUUUUCGUAUAUAAACAGACUAUAAAAGCUGGCGUAAAAAUUUUAAACUUAGUAAAAUCGCAACUCACAUAUUUUUAGUAGAAUUAUUUGAGAAAAAUGUUUGCAACUUCUACCUUGGGGUCAUCAAGUGCUUUUGCAACGCCUUCUGUAUCAGGCACACCAAAUCCAAUGAAGGAUAUCGAAGUAACAGCCCCUCCAGAAGAUUCUGUUUCAUCAUUAGAGUUUAGUCCCAAAGCUUUACAGCAAAAUUUUUUUAUAGCUGGAAGUUGGGAUUGUUCAGUUCGUUGUUGGGAAGUUGAACAGUCUGGUAGAACAAAUCCAAAAUCAAUGAAAACUAUGGGAGGUCCUGUUUUAGAUGUUUGUUGGAUUGAUGAUGGUACAAAAGUAUUUAUGGCUUCGGUAGACAAACAAGUAAAAUGUUGGGAUCUCGCAUCUGAUAUGGUAGUACAAGUAGCAGCACACGACGCUCCUGUAAAAACCUGUCAUUGGGUCAAAGGAUCAAAUUAUACUUGUUUGAUGACUGGUUCGUGGGAUAAGACUUUAAAAUUUUGGGACGUAAGAUCACAAAAUCCAAUUUUAACGAUUAAUUUACCUGAACGUUGUUAUUGCGCUGAUGUUGAUUAUCCAAUGGCAGUUGUUGGAACAGCAGGUCGAGGUGUAAUAGUAUAUUCUUUAGAAAAUAAACCAACUGAGUUUAAGAGACAGGAGAGUCCACUUAAGUAUCAACACAGAACAAUAUCUAUAUUUAAGGACAAAAAAAAGACUCCUACAGGAUAUGCUUUAGGAAGUAUUGAAGGACGAGUUGCUAUUCAAUAUGUUAAUCCUACAAAUCCAAAGGAUAAUUUUACUUUCAAAUGUCAUAGGAUGAAUGGGAGCGGGGGAUUUCAAGAUAUAUAUGCAGUUAAUGACAUAGCGUUCCAUCCCGAGCAUGGAACUUUAGCUACUGUAGGUUCGGAUGGAACUUUUGGGUUCUGGGACAAAGAUGCACGUACAAAACUAAAAUCUUCUGAAACAAUGGACCAGUCAAUUACAAAAUGUUGCUUUAAUGCUUCUGGUCAUAUAUUCGCUUAUGCAGUAGGGUACGAUUGGUCGAAGGGUCACGAAUACUAUAAUCCAGCAAAAAAGACUGCAAUAUUCUUAAGAUCAUGUUACGACGAAUUGAAACCAAGGUUACCAUAAUGAAUUGUAUAACUUAAUAUUUUGAAAAAUAAUAAAACCAUUUUCGAUCUAAAUUUGUUAUAUUGUGUU